AUGGCCCGUACUAGCAUUGGGGGUGCUCCUCACAUUGGUAGUGGUUCUCAAAAUGUCUCCAAUGAUGCCACGAUGUCGACUGAUACGAAUCGUUUUUCCACUCUUGAUCAACCCAGUUAUUCUUCUACUGACGAUGCUCAGAAUCCAUAUUUUCUGGCUCACAGUGAUCAUCAUGGUGCGAAUUUAGUACCCAAAAUCCUCACUGGAUGUGAGAAUUAUAGCUCCUGGAAACGUUCCAUGACUGUUGCUCUUCUUUCUCGGAAUAAACUGAAGUUUGUCAAUGGACAAAUCACUCAACCUGAUCCCGACGAUGAUGACUACGAUGCCUGGAGUAGGUGUAAUAGCAUGGUAAUUUCUUGGAUUCUUCAUGCUAUUUCCAGUGACAUUGUUGAUAGCAUCAUGUACCUUGAUGAUGCCUCUGCCAUUUGUUCUGAACUUCAUGAUCGGUUCCACCAAAAUAAUGGUCCCCGUGUGUUCGAAGUCAAGCGCUCUAUGCAGGUACUCACCCAAGGCAACCACACUGUCCAAGCAUACUUCACUCAUCUUAAAGUUCUUUGGGAUUUGGUUCAGGAGUUUCGUCCACAACCUGUUUGUACCUGUGGCGCAAUGAAGACUAUUGUUGCUUAUCAAGAGCAGGAUCAAGUUCUUGAAUUGUUGGUGGGUCUCAACGAAUCUUAUUCCGCUGCACGUUCUCAAAUCUUGAUGCAAGAUCCUCUUCCUCCCAUCAAUAAAGUAUAUGUCGCCAUUAUUCAAGAAGAGCGCCAAAGAGGUCUCCAUUCUGUCUCUUCAGAUUCUGUGGAUUCCAGCUCCUCUUCUACGCAGUUUAUUGGAAGUAUACAAUCUGCUCGACCCAAAGUUGUUUGCAGUCAUUGUGGGAUCACAGGCCACACCAUUAACAAAUGUUACAAGCUGCAUGGUUAUCCACCUGGUCACAAACUUCAUGGGAAAGGACGUGGUUCCACUUCUCAUUCAGGGAAAGUUGUUGUCAAUCAUUUUAAUGGAUCUGCUGCUGCCAAAGUUCCUGAUACCUUGGACAACAACACUAAUCUUGUCUCAUCCCUUUCUUCUUCUCAAUGCCAAAAAAUUAUAGCCUUGUUAGCUCAACAAGUCCAAGCUUCUUCCUCUACUGCACCUCCCUCUCCUUCCGAUCAAUCCCUUGUUUCUAAUUUUGUUGGUGCUACUCAUCAUGUCUGUCAUGAUUUAUCUUUAUUUUCCAAUACAUACUUCAAUGCAUCAUUAACCUCAGUUAUCUUGCCCAUUGGUCAAUCAGCUAAUGUUCCUUGCGUUGAUUAUGUUUCUAUUUCUUCAGAUAUUACCCUUUUCAAUGUGCUUUAUGUUCCUUCUUUCAAUCAUCAUCUUUUAUUUGACACUACUCGGACUCGGCAAAUUGGGAUGGGUGAACGAGUUGGGAAUUUAUACUACUUGGCUGAUUCUUCUUAUGUUCAUGCCUCUGGUCCCUUUCAUACUCUUACUGUGGAAGGACAUAGAUUUUUCAUUACUUUAGUUGAUGAUUGUUCUCGAUACACUUGGGUUCAUUUUAUUAAACAAAAAUCUGAAGCACAACAGGUCAUACCAGCUUUUAUUUCACUCAUUAAAACUCAAUACAACAUUCAGCUCAAAGCCAUCUGGUCAGAUAAUGCUAAAGAACUACAAUUUCCUCAAUUAUUUAGUUCUUUAGGCAUAAUGCAUUAUCAUUCAUGUGUUGACAGGCCCCAACAAAAUUUUGUUGUUGAACGUAAACAUCAACAUCUUCUCAAUGUAGCUCGUGCUCUACUUUUUCAAUCCCAUAUCCCUUUAGUUUAUUGGGCUGAAUGCCUUUCUACAGCAACUUACCUCAUAAUUCGUACUCCCACACCAAAUUUUCAAUGCAAGUCUCCUUUUGAGGUCCUUCACAACAAAACCCCAACUUACAAUCAUUUAAAGGCUUUUGGAUGUUUAGCAUAUGCCUCUACAUUUAAAUUUUCCUCAAGAGCUACUUCAUGUGUUUUUCUUGGAUAUCCUAUGGGCAUGAAAGGGUAUAAACUUCUUGAUUUAGAUACUAAUCGGGUAUUUGUUUCAAGGGAUGUUCAAUUUCAUGAGCACAUUUUUCCAUAUGCUUCUAGCACUUCUUUGUCUUCAGAUUAUGCUCAUUUUUUUUCUUCAUCUCUGCUGCCUCUUUGUGAUGUUUCUACUGAUUUAUCUGAUGCUUCUAACCUUAUUUCUAGUUUUACUCCUCUUGUUUCUAAUCACCAACCUUCAUCUUCUUCUUCUAGGCCUACACGUAAUAGUAAGAGACCAUCCUAUUUAAAUGAUUAUCAUUGCUCUUUAUCUGCUAAUGCACUUUCUUUUUCUUCACAGUCCAUAUCUCAAGUUACUCAACAUCCCCUUUCCCAAGUGCUAACUUACAGCAGGUUGUCUCCAAGUAUUAGAGCAUGUGUUCUUGCUGUUUCCAGUUGCACUGAACCUGAAUUCUUUUCUCAAGCUACUGGGAUACCUGAAUGA